GAAGGAUCUCGAGACACCUGUGCCCUCCUGGAGCAGUCGGUUACAAGACGCCGUUCCUUUCGUGAGUGAUGUGUUGAGAAGUUGGCCCAAAUAUUGAUAACAACAUCAACCCCCCUGGACGCCGAGCCUAAGUUACAUCGAACAGGCGUAUGUUGAAAAUGGCAACCAGUGUUUUGGCUGUUAAGUUACCGAAAAGAAAAAUGUUGAAACUGGUACCCAAAGUUUCGGCUAUUCAUAAGUUAUCCUACACGGCAAACAUUGAGCUAGGAAUACAAUGUUUUGGCUAUCAUUAAGUUACCGAAAAAUGCAAAUAUUGAAACUGCACCCAAUAUUUUGGCAUCUAUUGAGUUACCGAAAGAGACAAAUUUUGAACCGGCACCCAAUGUUUUGGCAACUAUUAAGUUACCGCAAACGGCUAAUUUUGAAUUUGGGACCCAAUGGUUUUGCAUUUACUAAGGUAACUGGGAAGUAAAGCAACACACUAACCUAAGGAAGACUAGAUAUGGAGUUGCGGGAUAAAAGACUUUUAUUUAUUCUCAACCUUUUCACGUACUUUGUGCGAAACGUUUUGGGAGGCGAAAUAUGGCCUUUAGAGAGGCCGGAGGGCAUGCCAGCCAUCCAAUCCCUGGAGGUCAUGUGUGGCAAGGACCACAUGGACGUCCAUCUGAGCUUCACCCAGCCCUUCGAGGGCAUCGUUUCAUCCAAAGGGCAGUACGCGGAUCCGAGAUGCGUCUACGUCCCGCCGUCCACCGGGAAGACUUUUUUCUCCUUUAGAAUUGCGUAUGCCAGAUGUGGCACCAAGCCGGACCUCAACGGCCAAUUUUAUGAGAACACGGUGGUUGUUCAAUAUGAUAAAGACUUGCUUGAGGUGUGGGAUGAAGCUAAACGGCUUAGAUGUGAAUGGUACAACGAUUACGAGAAAACUGCAUCAAAGCCGCCUAUGGUCAUAGCAGACCUAGAUGUAAUUCAAUUGGACUUUAGGGGUGAUAAUGUCGACUGCUGGAUGGAAAUUCAGCAUGGAAAAGGGCCGUGGGCUCCACCGGUGAGUGGAAUCGUACCUCUUGGCUCGACGUUGACUCUCGUCGUGGCGAUAAAUGACAACAGAGGAGAGUUCGACAUGAGGGUCAAAUCGUGUGCUGCAUCGGAUGGCGCGGGGCACGUGAUCCAGCUGAGCGACGAGUAUGGUUGUGUCCUGAGGCCGAAGAUGAUCAGCAGGUUCCUUAAGGCGAGAAUAGCAGACGAGAGGGCCUCAGUCAUCACUUACGCCUUUUUCCACGCCUUCAAAUUUCCAGAUGCUCUGAGCGUCCAUAUCAAGUGCAAGGUGGAAAUCUGCAGGCACGGAUGCCUGGAACACUGUCAGCUCGAAGGUGGCGGACACGAACAAGCGGGGCAUUACGGACCCCUUGAGAGGAAAGACGGCGGCUCACCAACCCCCAAGUCCGCCCCGACCGAGCCGACCCCUGUCUCUCAGCCGUACGAGAAAGACGACGAACUCAUCUACGACGAAAUGGUCGACCUAGGGAAAGAGAUCUUCAACUCGGAAAGAGUCGUGGGCACUUCGAUGGGCAGCGCAGCACCUGUUGCAGCAGCCCAUCAUCGGCCGCAGUCACCGCCUUCGCCCUCUUCCACAUCAUCAUCACAUCAACCUCCUCCUCCCGUCAAGGAACAAAUCGAUGAUAUCCCGCCUCCUUUCCAGGAAGCACCAUUGAGAGCAUCCGGAGUGAGAGACAAUUCAGAAGAGCGUUUCCCACACGGGCCGAGGAAUCUAAAUGAUGAUUCCCUUCCACUGGUUUCUACCCUGAGCCAGAGGAGGAAAAGAAGCGUGGUGGUAUCAGACAGGAAAGUGCGGUCUGCCGAUGUGGGUGUGAGCGGCUUGUAUGAAGUCAUAUCGGAAGCAGAUCUUGCUUUCACACCUGAUUCCAAAGGGGAGGCGGUGACGGUGUUCCAGGGGAGGAUAAGGGAGGAGGUCGUUUAUGGAAUUUGCCUCCCGGUCCCUGGCUUCUCCGCACUUUUUGUCUUUGUCGCCCUUUCUGCAGUGAUAUCGGCCCUUGUAGCGGGUGCUCUGCUCUACCGAUAUCAGGUCCAGCGCGAGACUCACGAGCUGUCCAAUAGACAGGUGAGGAUGAGAAGGCAGCUUUCAGAACCGCCCCCUCCGACGUCCAUCGCCUCCUGGGUCGCCCUGAAGCUCCUUCGCCCACGAGCACCACCUGCAUCGAACCACUGAUAUAGACGAAGCUCAGACAAGUUAUUAUAUUGUGCCAAAGAGGAUAUUUACGAAUUAUAAACUGAAAAAUAACAAUAUUAAUUUCUUGCUGAGAAAGAGUUAAUUUAUAAUUUAAACAGUGACAUUUUAGUGCUUUUUUUUACAGUCAAAAGUGGACACAAAAAUUUCUGAAGUUGAAAGCAACUUUGGCAACAGGACUUUUUUUUCUUCAAAAUAUUAAUAUAAUGUAUUUAAAUAUUUAUAUGUGCUAGUUGACACUUUUCAUAUUUUAAUAUCUUUCUUUGUACCUUCUAUUGUUUUUAUGUAAGGUCACGCACCUCCUGCGUUGCUCAAUGUGUAGAAAAAAAAAUAAUUGUAGCUUAAGAUUAAUUUAUUUAGUUAAUUUUUGAAUUUCUGUUUUGUAAACCUUUUGGAUUUUGUGAGCUAGUCCCGGUAAUCAUUUAAUAUAUAGGACGGGCACAAACUACAACUUGUCACAAGUAAACAGCUUUAAAUAAGUAACGCUGGACUUUAUAUAUAUUAUAUUAUAUUUGUUAAUCAGUUUGUUCAAUGAAAAAGAAAAUUACUUAACUUCAUGAAUAAUGAUCUUAAAAUACCAAUUACAGUUGAAUUUUUAUAAAUGAUAAAUCUAAAAAGAAUAAUUUUCAACAUUCAGUUUUUUAAUAUAUACU